GUCUCAUUUUUUAAUCUUUGGACAUCCAUUUCUGAUGUCAUGGCGGACACGCUGAUCUCAACACUCCCACUCCGAGCGUGGCUGUCAUCCUCUCAUGCGAAGGGUAGGUAUUUCAGAUUUUCGCGUUCUUCCUUUCUAAGGGAUAUCAAAAUGGGUUCAAUACGGUGUCAAAUGAAAACCUAUUCUGCAGUGAACCCCUUUAAUCAUGAUCAGGAAAAAAUAGUUUGGAUAUGGACAGAAAACAAGCAUGUCAUGACUACUGCUGUUGAAAGAGGCUGGAAUACAUUUAUUUUCUCUUCAGAUAGCGAGCAACUUGCCAGUGAAUGGGCCUCAAUUGCAAAGAUCAAUCGUCUGUUCAUCAGUGAUGGGUAUAUAUAUGACAGUGAAAGAAAACAGAUUGGUGCAUUUGCUGAGGUUUCUUCUCCUAGUCAGCUUCAAGAAUUAAAUUUCAUGGUUGGGCAGGCAGAGCAUAUAGUGCUAAAUUGUCUUGAUUGGCAGGGAGGUCAGGAGGUUGUUGGCUUCAUGAUAGCAGUGGACAAACUUAUGUGUUGGAAUUUCUUGAUUAUACCAGCGGAAAAUAUGGUUGCUGCUUUCCAGGGUAGUGGGACAUCUAUAUUUACUGUUGCAAAGACAUUUCAAGAUGCUCAAGUGUUUCUGGAGGCAUUGGAAAAGGGUAUGGAUGGUGUUGUAUUACAUACAGAUGAUAUUAAUGAUAUUCUUAAGCUUAAGGGCUAUCUUGAUAGGAAGGUUGAUUCAAAGAAUGUAACAAAAUUGAGUACAGCAACUGUGACUCGUUUGGAAAUGAUGGGCAUGGGUGACCGAGUCUGUGUUGAUCUCUGCAGUCUCUUAAGACCUGGUGAAGGAGUUCUGGUUGGUUCUUUUGCAAGGGGCCUUUUUCUUGUCCAUUCAGAAUGUUUGGAAUCCAGCUACAUUUCUAGUAGGCCCUUCCGUGUGAAUGCCGGUCCCGUGCAUGCAUACAUUGCAGUUCCUGGUGGGAAGACCUCGUAUCUUUCUGAGCUAGAAUCUGGCAAAGAGGUGAUUGUCAUGGACAUGCAUGGUAGGCAGCGGACAGCAAUAGUUGGCCGUGUCAAGAUAGAAUCCAGACCUCUUAUUCUAGUUGAGGCAAAGAUUGAAUCUGCUGAAGUUCCAAGGUGCAGUAUUCUCUUGCAAAAUGCAGAAACAGUCAAUUUAGUUCGUCCCCCAUCUCCUGAUGGGGAAGUGCAACAGUUAACAAUACCUGUUUCAGCCUUGAAGGUUGGUGAUCAAGUUCUUUUGAGUAUACAGGCAAGUGCGCGUCACACAGAUGGGCUGAAAUCAGUUCCAACUUUGAGAAUGUGACAAUAAAGCCUUUUAACAUGAUUGUACCAUGGUUCAAUCACAAGUGUGCACAGAGCCUCAAGCAGUUUUAUACUUUGGAGGGUAAUGUAGUUGAAGUAGAUUUGAUGGUAAUGUGGCUAUUGUUAUCAUGGAUCUUCCUUCAUCCGAACUUCCCUUCUUGCUCUGUUGUGUAUGCCCAUGGACUAUUUUCAUCUAGUGGACAGAAGACAUAGCUAAAGUCUUGUCUUACAAGAAAACAGAUGCACAGCAUGAAAAUGUCUGAAGGAUGCUGGAACAUGGUUCUAGUGAGAGACAGCAGAUACACUGACCAAGAGUCAGCAUUCUCAAACCACACAAAUAAUGGCAUGAUGAAGAUGAUGCAUUCUAAUGUCUGUUAGGUUGAGUUGGUCUGUAUUGCUGUAGUACCCAACAAAGUGUGUAAACAGUGCAUUUUCUUAAAUCCUCUGUAUUAAAGGUGAUUUUGUUGUUAAUCUUGAAUAUUCAUGUGUUAUUUCUCUAAUUGAUGUAUUAUUUAGAUACAACCUUGCCAAACAACUAGUAAUGAGAUGUAAUUUAAAA